AGGAUUAAUUGAAAGUCAUUCAGCUUCUGUCCUGUCAACGUUGUGAAAGCAAUUAAAUUGUGAUAUUUUAUUAAAAGCAAGAUGAACUUUUCUGGUCCAGAUAUGUCCGAUUUAAGACUGAAGGUUGAUCACAUUAUGAAUGUUGUAAUGCCUGACGAUGAGGCUGACAAAAUGGCGAACACCGAGCUGCCUGAGAAUGCGCCCUUCUUUGCCAACAAUCUGUCGUAUUAUCCUCGACUGCAGCAGCGCUAUAAUAACUGGCGUCGUAGUCACAACAAAUUUCAGCAGCCACAGCAAGAGAAGGCUGCAAAAUCGCAGCAGAAGCAGCAGAAGGAGCAGGAGCAACAAAGAUCGAGCUUUGAAGCUGAAUUGUGGAUGCUAUUGGGCAAAAACAUUGCCGAGUGCAUCAAGCAACCGAGUGGCCAACCGCUUGUCUCGCUGACCACAAUGUCCACCAUGUCCGCUCUUGAUGUGGCCAACGUGCUGCUCUCAGCCCAUUUGCUAAAGCAAAAGCAGCAACAGCAGCAGCAGCAGCAGAGGGAGAAGCAAAAGGACAACGGCAUGCAGGUGAAUUGUGUGCUCAGUCAUUAUCGUGAUCACGAGAUGCGCAGCUAUAUGCUGAAGAGCAAUGAUCUGCGCGAUGUGCUGCAACGUUGCGAGCAGCAAAUGUGGCGCACGUCCAUCUACAAUGCGAUGCCACGUCAGGAGCCGCCCAUGACGCAGCUCAUGCAGAUGCCACCGCGUCAGUGGCUGCCAUCGAUGCGUUCCAUGAUGUGGCGUCUCAAUCGCAACAACCGUCAGCACAAUGACAUUGCAACACUUGGCAACGGCAAUCGACGCCAUCGCAAGCAGUUGGCACCUUUGCCACUCCUUAGGAAGACCGUCGAGGCAUCGCAAUCCGAGGUGCCAGUGCGUGAGUUGCAGCUGCUACGGCUCAAUCGUGAGCUGGGCCCGGGCUCGGAGUUGGACACCAAACUGGAGCUCGAAAUAGAGCCGGAACUUGAAAUGCAGCGUGUGCCCCGCACACAGCCAUCCUUCAUCUAUUACAGGCGCAAUAAGAAGAAGCUUACAUGAACUUCAGAGGCUAUGACAUUCGCAACAAGAAGCACUUAGCCUGCCACGUGCCACAUUUACAAACAUUGAUCAAUUAAUAAACACGUUUAAAAUUUCCUAAUGUCAAAGCUUUAUUGAUAACUUUUCUUAUCGAUUAAUUACUCUGUGCAACACUGCAAAGUUAAUCACUGUAUACCAAAUAUACCGGUAUCUUAAUUUAAACGAUACUAACGUUUAAUAAA